AUGUACAUCUCUUUGGUUGGACCCAAGCUUCAGGGCUAUCAAAAAUUGGAAGAAGUUGGACCCCAAGAACGCCCAUUGGUUGUGGCUGGUGCUGGAAUUUUCAUUGGUGGCCAGCAGUGGUUAUCGGGCUCCUUGCAAGUGCAAUGGGAAGAUUCCUUAGUUCACAAGCUUUGGCUGGAUGGCCUGGCCUUGACAAGCAUCCCUGAUGCCAUUGGGAUGACAUUGGGUGGACUCCUGAGCACGGGAUCUGAUGGAUGGUCUUUCAUUGAUGACAUGGACUCAGCUGGUACUCCUUUUGAGGGCAGUAGCAACACCAUCAGUAGCUCUGUAUUGGGCUUUCGGUACAUUGAUGGGAUGGGCCAACUCAGGGAAGCCUGGAAGAAUUCCACUGACAACGAGUUCCAAGCAUUUGGAGUUUCUUUAGGACUUGCUGGGAUCAUUUAUGAAGUUAUCUUGUCACCAGUUGAUGCCUACUGCAUCCAAUUGUCCUGUAUCAACACUGUGGCAUCGGUUUGCCCCAAACAGGAAGCGGUAAGAGGACAAUGGCAUGGAUUCUUGCGCAGUGGCAUUGACAAGUAUGACACACAGCAGGGAUUCAAGAAAACACUGUGGAAAGCAUCAAAAUCACCAGAAACAGGAGAGAUCGUUUGUGGGGAACAGCCUUCAUUGGGCAAUCAAACCUACCACGACAACAGCUUUCCGGUGAUUUUCUUUGAGCACCCCUACUCCAUGACAUCUUUCGAUUUCAUAACUGAGAUUGUAUCAUUGGCGCUUCGUUGGUUGUCACAAGAGUCCUGUCAAUCAAUUGAUGACCUCUGUGGUGAAACCACAAUUCGCCGGUACUUGGAAGGGAGACUGGGGGUACUGCCUGAAACACUUGGGGAAGAGCACUUGCUUGCAUUUGAGGGUUGUGCCAGGUCCUUGGUGGAGCAGAAGCGACUCAAGGCUCUAGGCCAGCGGCCUUCCUGGCAAAAAGAGUGGUGGGACAAGACAAUGCUUAUGGAAUGCUAUGGGAAGGUCAUGGACCACUUUGGCUUGUCCUCAGAUGAGGAGCAGCAAGGUGUUUACCGAUACUAUGAGGGCGCCUUUCUUCAUAGGGCCGUGCAUUUCCAUCCCCAGCACAACAUGGAAGUGUAUUUUCCAUUGGAAGACAACUCAAAGAGUGGUGAGGAGAUUCUUUGCCUAAUUGAAAGCUUCAUGGAGGAAGAGGGACAUGAUCGAGCCGGUCAGCAGGUAGACUAUUACUUUUCCAAGACCAAUGAUGACUUUUGGAUGAGCCCUGAGAAUGGCAAAUCACCGAUGGGGGGCAAUGCGACCAAUACGUAUACUCCAGGUGAAGUAUUGCGAGUCAAUAUCUACACUCACUGGGUUGUUCUUUCCCAAGACAAGCAUACCAAGUUUGAGCUCUUUCUCGAACAUUUUAAUUCACAGAACCUCACCUACACUCUGAACUGGGCAAAGGCUCUUCCCGUCAACCCAAGACUGUUGUCCCGUGUCCUCGAGAACUACCCUCAUCUCGAAGAAUGGAAGGCUUUUGUGCGUGCAAGGGAUCCUCAUGGUGUCUUUCUCUCUGACUACUGGCAAAAGAUAUUCUGGGCUGACAACUCAUCUAGCUUCUUGUCGUGA